AUGAGCAACCCUCAGCCUUUGGAGGAGGAGGUAUACGACAUGUCAGGCGCCCGCUUAGCCCUGACACUGUGCGUCACCAAAGCCCGGAAAGGUUCGGAGGCAGACCUGGACGCCCUGGAACGCAUGUUCCAGCAGCUGGGAUUUGAGAGCACCAUGAAGAGAAACCCCACCGCCCAGCAAUUCCAGGAAGAGCUGGAAAAUUUUCAGCAGGCCAUGGACGCCCGGGAUGACUUCAUCAGCUGUGCUUUUGUGGUGCUCAUGGCACAUGGGCUGGAAGGUCGCCUCAAAGGAGAGGAUGAGAAGAUGGUUGAGCUGGAAAACCUUUUCGAGGUUCUGAACAACAAGAAUUGCCGGGCCCUGAGAGCCAAGCCGAAGGUGUACAUCGUGCAGGCCUGUCGAGGAGAACACAGGGACCCCGGUGAAACAGUAAGUGGAGACGAUAUCGUGAUGAUCGCCAAGGACAGUCCCCAAACCAUCCCAACGUACACGGACACCCUCCACAUCUACUCCACCGUGGAGGGGUACAUCGCAUACAGACAUGACAAAGAGGGCUCCUGCUUCAUCCAGACUCUGGUUGACGUGUUCACAGAGAAGAAAGGACCCAUCCUGGAGCUUCUGACAGAGGUGACCCGGCGGAUGGCAGAAGCAGAGCUGAUUCAGGAAGGAAAAGCAAGGAAAGUGAAUCCCGAGAUCCAAAGCACCCUUCGGAAACGGCUCUAUCUGCAAUAGAAAUACAAGG